AUGGCACCACCAACCUCUAUGGCCUACGUCGAAGCCAAGGCACGAAUAAAUCGCAUUACCAAACGGAUGACCACCUUCCUGCAAGCUUCAGCCGACUAUAACAACGACCGAUCCAGUGUGGGCAAACGCGCAAAGCUUUCCCAGAUGUUUUCGGAACUAAAUACUCUUCGCGAAAAUGUGGAAACCGACAUACAACUCAUGGAAGCAGCUGUAGCCAACAACACAGCUCCCACAGACGUCAUAGGCCACACAGGUACGGAGACACUCAGUGCUUCAUUCGAUAAGUUAUAUUACGAUCUCGCGGCCUUCGCCGAAGUGCAUCAGAUAUCGAUAUCAAAAACAAAUACGCACAAUGAAUCUAGUAUGAUAAAUAAAUCAUGCUUCGGGAACAUAUCGGCAUUUCAAAUGCCCAAACGAAAGUUUCCAACCUUUUCCGGUGCUAUAACGGAGUGGCAAAGUUUCGAUGAUUUAUUCAACUCCAUAUUAUCACAUGCUCCUGACUUAACAGACGUUGAACGGUUUGAAUACUUGAAAACUGCACUCCAGGGCGAACCAUUGUCAUUGAUCGCUCAUCUUUCGUUAACAACCAACAACUAUGCAAGUGCGUGGGAUAUAUUACGUGCUAGAUAUGGUAACAAACGAGACCUCGCUCGUAUCCACCUCGACGCGUUAUUAACAUCGCACCCGGUAAAGAUUGACGACGCCACUUCAAUCAAAACCCUCAUUAACGUUAUUCUCGAACACACAUCAGCACUGAACAACUUAAGUUUUGUUACCCGGCAAUGGAGUCCAAUCCUGGUACACAUUUUUGAAAAACAAAUGGAUUACGAGCUUCGUUCCCGUUGGGAGUUACACGUCGGAGAUACUGUAUCACCAACUCUAAACGAAUUUAUUGACUUUCUCCGAAAUCACAUCAGGUCAGCUGGAAUCCGUGCAGAAAGUAGUUCAACAUCAAAAACUAGACACGGAAAACCAGAGACCAAAAAAUCAAAUACACGUGCCUCUACUACUCCACGAGUCUUUACUACGGUAAUAAGUCCUGAACCAUGUCCAGUUUGCAAGGAAACACACAAAAUCAAACAAUGUCCAACAUUCAUCGCUAAAACGUCUAGCAAACGGUAUCAAAUGGUAAAAGAACAUCGUCUAUGUCUUAACUGUUUAUUAUCGAACCACAGUACAGCGUUUUGCAAAUCAAAAUUCACCUGCCGUACGUGCGGUCAGAAACAUCGUUCGAUGCUUCAUUUCACCAAACCGGCACCGACUAGCACUUCAACCGUAAGUACUCCAGUAUCAACAAGUAAUCUGGAACCAACGAUAACCACGUGCCUAGUAUCCCGUCCACAACGUCAUUCCGAGCUGUUAGCGACAAUGUUACUAAAAGCAAAGGCAUCAAAUGGAUCUUCUCAUACUUUGCGCGCACUCGUCGACACCGGGUCAGAAGCCAGUUUUGUCACCGCACGCUGCGCUAACAAAUUAUCACUCCAACGUCGACGAUGUACGUCCCAAGUACGUCCUUUCGCUGGGUCAACGAUUAAUAUUGUUUCCGGAAUUGUUACGAUCACUCUAUCUGCCGUGUCCACAAGUGAACCAACUGUGACCGUCAACACCAUGGUCGUUCCGAAAAUCGUAGAUCAACUUCCACAUUUCCGUUUGUCGUCAGACACCUGGCAACACUUAACGGACCUACCCUUAGCUGAUCCAACGUACAAAACACCUGGUCCAAUCGAUAUCUUACUCGGUGCAGACAUCGUACCAUCCAUCAUGACGGGCCACCGAGUGACCGGUAAAAUCACUCAACCCAGUGCGUUUAAUACCAUAUUUGGUUGGAUAGUCAUGGGACCAGCUGAUCAAAUACCAGCACCCGCCGUAACGACAUUGACUGUUCAAUCUAAUACUGAGUUGGAAUCCGCACUAACCCGCUUUUGGAAACUCGAGGAACCAUCACUACCAUUGUCAACAAUUGAUGACAAUGACCCAGCAGAACAGAUUUUUACGAAGUCCAUCACCCGAACUCCAUCUGGGCAGUUCUGCAUUGGGUUACCAUUUAAAACACCUAACCCAAUUAUUGGUGACUCAAAAAGUCAAGCGCUUCAUCGUCUCCGACACCUCGAAGUGAGAUUAGCCAGAGACAACAAUUUACGAACAAAAUACGUCGACUUUAUGCAAGACUAUUUGGACAACAAUCACAUGGAGCUCGUUCCCAUUCAGCAACGCUCCACGCCACACCACUAUUACAUUCCACAUCAUUGCAUACUACGUCCUGAUAGUCAAACCACUAAGCUACGUGUAGUGUUCGACGCAUCAGCAAAAAGUUCUGCUGGCAUCUCUCUGAAUGAUUGCUUGCACACAGUUCAAAAACUUCAAGCAGACCUAUCUCAUAUUCUGAUGCGAUCACGUUUACACAAAAUCUUGUUUACUGCAGAUAUUAAACAAAUGUAUCGUCAGAUCCUCAUUAGCGAUGCAGACCGAGAUUACCUACGCAUUUUAUGGCGUUUCAAUCAAGAAAAUAGUAUCGAAGAGUAUCGUCUGCGUACUGUCACAUACGGAACGUCAUCGGCUCCAUUUCAAGCGAUCCGAACAUUACAACAUCUGGCCACACUUUGCAAACUCACACAUCCCAUUGCAUCACAAGUUAUACACUCCGACACCUUUGUCGAUGAUAUUCUUACUGGUGCAGAAUCUAUACAAUCAGCUCUAAACAUCCAAGAUCAAUUAACAAAAUUACUCUCAAGUGGUCAUUUUAUACUCCGAAAAUGGGCCAGCAACGCUCCGGAGGUAGUCAAUGCUGUUCCAGAAGAAGCACGCUCCACGUUAUCUUCAGUUAGCUUUGAUGACGAGUCUGAAACAGGACUGAAAGUGCUCGGCUUACAUUGGGAUCCAAGACAUGACCACUUUCGUUACACAAUCCGAUGUUUAGAUGUCAAACCUACGAAGCGAAAUGUGCUGUCUGAAAUAGCACGCAUUUUCGAUCCACUUGGUCUUUUAUCUCCUGUCACAUUUCUCACCAAACACUUGAUGCAGGUACUGUGGAUAGCAGGAAUUGGUUGGGAUGAUGUCAUUCCAAGCAAUGCUCAUAACAUAUGGCAAUAG